AUGGAGCACGCUAACAGUAUUACCGUCCAGCAAGACGAAGGAGCAGUUCUAGUCUGUUUAGCUCAAUCUUGCCCUAGUCCUGAAUACAGGUGGUACCACAUCCAGCCAGGGUACGAGCCGAGGACAGUGAACGCAGGAGCAAGGACCCGGGUUCUGGGGCCGGUGCUGGCGGUGGAGGCGGUCACCGAACAGGACUCUGGCCUCUACAAGUGCACCGCCGAGAACACGGCAGGGGAGGCCUCUGCAGAACUCCGCCUCUCCGUCCUCGGCCAGCUGGUGGUGGAGGUUGACCCACCUCUGGCUGUCGUCAGGAUGGGCGGCACUGCAGAGUUCAGGUGCAUCGUGUCCCACGCCUCUUCGUCCCAUCUCAUCACUUGGUUCAAAGACGGGAGAGCUAUACCUGGCCGGAACAACGGAGAAUUGCUGGUAGUGAACGGUGUGACCAGAGAGGACCAAGGAAUGUACCAGUGCGUAGCGCGAAGAGCUGAAGGCGACACAGCUCAGUCCGCAGCCGAGCUCCAGUUAGGAGGUAAUUUCAUCAAAUAUUUAUUAACUACAAUAUAUAACUUUUUUGUAUGUUUUAUAAAUUCAUCAUCAUCAUAUGUGGCACGACAUCCCUUUACCGAGACUGGGCCUCCUCCAAAAGCCUCCGCCAGUUGGCUCUGUCUUCUGCCGCAGCUCUCCAGUUCCGUACACCAAGCAGGGUUCUCGCACCAUAGGUCACGUUGCACGUUGUCCAACCAUCUCGUCCUCGGCCUUCCUACCCGUCUUACGAGGUGCAGCUCCUCCAUCAUUAUUUUAUUUGGUAUUUAAACGGUUCUCAUUCUGGCCACAUGACCUGCCCACCUUAGUCUGGCCAGUUUAA